AGAAAGAUGGCGGCCCCCAGCUUUCCGACGCCGCUGCACGGGCACGUGGGUCGUGGUGAUUUCAGCGCUGUGUACGAGCCCGCGGAGGACACGUUCCUGCUGUUGGACGCCCUGGAGGCGGCGGCGGCCGAGCUGGCGGGAGUGGAAAUAUGCCUUGAAGUGGGAUCGGGGUCUGGUGUGGUGUCUGCGUUUCUAGCUUCUAUGAUAGGUCCUCAGGCUCUGUACAUGUGCACUGAUGUCAACCCAGAGGCCGCAGCUUGUACCCUGGAGACAGCACGCUGUAAUCAAGUCCACAUCCAGCCGGUCAUUACAGAUUUGGUCAAAGGCUUGCUACCAAGACUGAAGGAAAAAGUCGAUCUUCUGGUGUUUAACCCUCCCUAUGUCGUGACGCCGCCUGAAGAGGUAGGAAGUCGUGGAAUAGAAGCCGCUUGGGCUGGUGGCAGAAACGGUCGAGAAGUCAUGGACAGGUUCUUUCCGCUAGCCUCAGAUCUACUUUCCCCGAGAGGACUGUUCUAUUUAGUUACCAUAAAAGAAAAUAACCCAGAAGAAAUUUUGAAAACAUUGAAGACAAAAGGUCUGCAUGGGACCACUGCACUUUCUAGACAAGCAGGUCAAGAAACCCUGUCCGUCCUCAGGUUCACCAGGUGCGAGUGUACGGAGGGCUAGCGCACGUGUGCCAAGAGCUCUGGGAACUGAGUGCCCUCGGCAUAUUUUGAAACUGACGUCAUUCCUCAGUGAAGGAAUUUUAUCAGAAAUUCGCUGUCAAGAAAGAAGUGAGAAGAUGGUGCUCCUUCUCACCAGGAAAUCAGGCUUACAGAAACAUUUGUACAUGUACAAGUAAGUACGUGUAGUAUAUUUAUAAUUUUAAUAUUAUAUAUAAAUUAGAUAAGAAAAGAGUCUCAUUUCAGCGUUAAUUCUAAUAGCAAAACCAGGGAAUCAGCCUAAACAUAUCAGGAAGCAAAUUGGUUAAGAUAAAUUACACUGUGUCUGUUUGACUAACGACAUAGCCGUUAAACGCGAGUCAGGUCUGUCCUGAAGCAGAGGUGAUCUCUGAUACACCACUGGUGGAAAAGAGCGAGUUGCAGAAGUUUUAUGCCGGGGGGUAUAGCUCAAUAGUAGAGCACUUGACUGCAGAAGUUUUAUACUGUGUAUGUAUUUUUUAAAAAACAAUAGAGACCAUGUGUUUGUGUGUGUAUAUAAACAAUAAACUCUCAAAAGAUAACAGGAA